AUGGCUGCCAAAGCUCCGAUCCCUCAGAAUGACAAUGUUGCCCACGCGCUCGCCGGCGCUGGCGGUGGCAUCUUGUCCAUGGUGUUGACCUAUCCUCUCAUCACCCUUUCCACCCGCGCUCAGGUUGAGUCCAAGAAGGCCGAGAGCAAAUUCAUUGAUGCCGUCCAGAAGAUCAUCGCCCGCGAGGGUAUUCCCGGCCUGUAUUCAGGCAUCAACUCGGCGCUUUUUGGCAUCAGCGUCACCAACUUCGUCUACUACUACUGGUAUGAGUGGACCAAGGCGUUCUUUGAGAAGGCCGCCGCCACGGCUGGCCGAGCCAACAAGAAGCUCACCACGAUUGAGUCCAUGAUUGCCGGUGCUAUUGCUGGCUCCGCCACCGUCAUCAUCACCAACCCCAUCUGGGUUGUCAACACUCGCGUCACCACGCGCCAGCAGAACAGCGAGGCUGACCUUGAGGCCGGCAAACCUGCUAAGAAGCCCACCACCAUGGGCACCCUGGCGGCCCUUCUCAAGAAUGAGGGACCCCAGGCUCUCUUCUCGGGCGUUCUUCCCGCGUUGGUCCUGGUCAUCAACCCCAUUCUCCAGUACACGCUCUUCGAGCAGAUGAAGAACUACGUCGAGAAGAGGAGAAAGGUGACUCCUACCGUCGCCUUUUUCCUCGGCGCUCUCGGCAAGCUCUUUGCCACGUCGGUGACCUACCCUUACAUCACCGUCAAGAGCCAGAUGCACGUUGCUGGCAGCCACAGCAGCAAGAAGGAGGGUAUGACGGAGGCUCUGCGACGAGUCAUCCGCGAGGAGGGAUACGCCGGUCUCUACAAGGGCAUCGGCCCCAAGGUCACUCAGAGCGUCUUGACAGCCGCUUUGCUGUUUGCCUUCAAGGAUGUCCUCUAUGAGCAGACUGUGCGUCUCCGCCAAGGUCGCAAGGCAUAA